UUGGUGAUCAGACAAUUAAAACAACUAGCACUGGCUACAUUAUAGAAGAAAAUUAAUUUAAUGAGGCUACUUUAUAUACGCUUUCAAUACCUUAAAAAAAAACAAGAAAUUGAAUUAAAUUGAGAAAUAUUUUUAUAAAAAAUUGCAGAUAACUUCUCCGUGUAUUUGAAAAAAUGAUUUUACAAAUUGCCUUAAUUGUUACGACAAUCAAAAUUUUUUUCAUACCACUUUAGUAAGUAUUUAGUUACAUUGGUUGAUUUGAAGUAUAAUUAAUACUGGUGUAGAAUUAUAACAAUGAUUACGUUGUAAUCAAAUUUCUUUUUAGCCAUUCUACAGACUUUGAGGUCCACAGAAAUUGGUUAGCUGUAACUCACAACCUGACCAUUGACCAAUGGUACUAUGAUACUACUUCAGAAUGGACACUGGACUAUCCUCCAUUCUUUGCCUGGAUGGAAUACGCAUUGUCUCAUGUGGCAAAAUUAUUUGAUCCCAAAAUGCUACAUUUGACAAAUUUGAAUCACUGUUCAGAUAUGACAGUUUUAUUUCAAAGACUUUCUGUAAUACUUUUGGAUUUAGUUUACAUUGCAGGAGCCAAAAGUUGCUCUAAUUUAAUUAGCAAUGGAAAGUUGCUAGUCUACAUAUUAUUAGUCACCAAUGCUGGGUUGUUGAUGGUUGAUCAUAUACAUUUUCAAUAUAAUGGAUUUCUUUUUGGGCUUCUUCUGUUUUCCAUUUCUAAUAUGAUAAAGAGUAACAACAUCCAAUCGGCUUUGUGGUUUGCAGUGUUACUAAAUUUUAAACAUAUAUAUUUAUAUGUGUCUCCUGUGUAUGUCGUUUAUUUAUUGAGAGCAUAUUGUUUUACGGUGCCAACUGAAGAUGGUUCCCAUACACCAUGGCAUGCUUUUUCUAUAGUAAACUUUAUGAAAUUGGCCAUAACUGUUAUUACUAUUUUUGGUCUGUCCUUUGGCCCAUUUAUUGAUCAUAUACCUCAGAUAAUUUCCAGGCUGUUUCCAUUCAAAAGAGGUCUAUCUCAUGCUUACUGGGCUCCUAAUUUUUGGGCACUAUACAAUUUUGCAGAUAAAGUUUUAGCGCAUGCAUUGACAAGGGCUGGUUUUAAUAUUUCAAAACCUGAAGCUGUUAUGACUGGAGGAUUAGUCCAAGAGUAUGAGCAUGCUGUUCUUCCAUCAGUGAAACCUAUUGUCACAUUUACACUCACAUUUAUCACAAUGAUACCAGCUUUGGUAAAAUUAUGGCAUUUAGGAGCAGACAGGAGAUAUAGAGGUCUCAGUUUUGUUAGGUGCAUGAUCGUGUGCGCAACGUGUUCGUUCAUGUUCGGUUGGCAUGUGCAUGAAAAGGCGAUUUUGAUGAUAAUCAUACCUUUAAGUUUUAUGGCUGUGCUCGGAGAAGUUGAUGGAAGACUUUUUUUAAUUUUGUCCGUAGUUGGACAUUACUCUUUAUUUCCUUUAUUGUAUCCAAAAAAUUUGCUUUCAAUUAAAUUGUUUAUAUUAUUUUCACAUUCUGCAAUCGGUUUUAGUAAUAUUCCGUUUCUUUAUAUGCCAACCAAAUUAAAGGGUCCUAAGAGACGCCGAUAUUUCAGAUUACCUCUUCUAAACCAUACAGAAACAAUAUACUUAUAUGGUCUUUUGGCAUUAUUUGUUUAUGAAAAUUUUUUACACCCAGCUUGGGGUUUAGAUAAAACAUUACCGUUUUUACCUUUGAUGAUAACGUCUGUGUAUUGUUCUGUAGGAGUUAUGUAUUUCUUUAUUUUCUAUUAUAAUUAUUUCUUAAAUUUCAAUCUUAGUGCUGUUCCAACAGUUACUGUUAAUUUAAAUAAAUAUACUAAAAUAAAUUAA